AUGCUUUCAGACAAGGUACGCCGAGCGGUCGCAGCCCUCCUGCGAAAGCUGCUGUCGUCGAAGCUGCUCCAAUAUCCGCUGCGGGCCUUGCUAUAUCUGUGGCUGUUCCUCAAGCGUCGGAUCUUCGGACUUGAAAAUAGCAGGCGGUCAGACGGAGGAAGAAAACCUGGAGGUAACGCGGGCGUGCUACCUUCUGCAGGGCCAUCUCCGGAUCCCAGGCUGAGAUGGGGAACUGAGGGAGACUGCACGCGGAGUUCCAGCAGUCCAGCGGAGCCGAAGCUGCGGUGGGUAGACGAGGAAAUCGGGAAAGACACUCAGGUCGUCUCUGCAAGCCAAGUCCCGCUGUCCGCCCUCGGACUCAAUCUCGGACAGGGCUCACCCCGUCUACUCCAGCCUACAGACGUCCCCAGCACUGGAUCGGUGUCGGCGAACGGGGACACUUUCUUGCACCCGUACGCGUGGCCGCGGCAUAAUGCCUCGAAGUCCUCGCAAGACAUCGGCCUGAUCUCUCUCAGCGACCGGGGGCAGGACCGCGAGGAUGGUCACCUGUCGGUCCGGUCGAACGUCUCUCAAGCCCUCCCGGGGCACUUGCGCCCGACGUCUCGCGCGUCCUCGCGCGCAAUCUCGCGAAUCGCCUCACGCGCGCACUCUCGAGCAUCGUAUUCGACACGCGCACCGUCGCGCUCGCGCUCGCAGGCACCGUCACCGUCCCCGCAGCGCUCCGCCAUCGAGCUCGCGCCGCAGUACUCCCCGGCAACCCCGAGCCCACGUCUCGCCGUGCCCGUCGGGAACACCAUCCCGCCGCCCUCAUUCCAGUCGUGCGAGUUCACGCCCAAGUGCAGGCAGAAGAUGUACCCGGUGAUGGAGGUCCUGCGGUACGAGCGCAAAGUCAUCAUACCGAACGUGGAACUGCAAUGCAUUAUUCCCCCGCUGACGACGUCCUUCCCGCUGUACGUCUCCUUGCUUAUCAUGCUGCGAGCGGCACUCAUGGAUACUGCCAGUGAAGGGGCACCCCCUGAUUGGGUGGCAUGUACGCACCCGGAAGGCGCGCUGUACUUUUACCACCCGGGCAGACGAAUAUACACGGAGGCCAACCUGUGCGAGCCCGAUAUGUUGCUAGAAGUAUUGGCGUUUGCUGAACAGAUUGAGGAGACCGUGCGUAACGAUAAUAUAGUGCUCCCAGAGGAUGCGGAACUAGUGUUAGAUCUGGAAAACGACGAGGAAGGCGGGCGUAAUUGGUGUUACUACUACGCCAGUGACAGCAGACGGACGUUGUUCUGGCUGCAUUCAUAUGAUGCAUCUGACAUUUUGCAAGCGGAAGUGAGGGGAGUGAGCUCACUCGCCCAUAUCAAGCACGAAUUAGAGGGCUACUAUUGGCAACACAUAGAGCAAUUCCCAUACAAUCAUAAGCCAUCCGAGGAUGUGCUGAAGCACCUCACGAGCAUUAUUCUACACCUUUCGAUCGACCAAAUGACAUCGCCUUCGUCUACGAGCGCAUACACGGCUGAAGAACUGCAGAAGAUGAUUGCAUUAAUUAGGGGUAUCCGAGACAUCGGAUACAAUGAGCACACGGCCGCUGUUGUAGGUCGUUUGAUGUAUAUGUUCGCACACCAUAGAUUUCUACAUUUCCAUGGGCAAUAUGGUGCCCGCCUUUGUCGGGACCAGAGUAUCUACGGAGAAUCAACGCCCGCGAGAACACUCCUCAUUAGAAUAAUGUCUCCCAUCUUCUUUAAUGCACCCGAUGUGCAUUUGCGCGGUCUGGAGAGCCUCUGGAUAGACGGCUUGAUCAACCAGCUUCCAUGGAGUAACUUCAUACAAAGGCUCAAAGUCGACUGGCAGGAGUUUGUCCUAUACGCGACCGUCAUGCUUAACGCCAACGUCGCAUUUUUGACCAUCCCCGAUGUGGACCCUGGGCCGGGACAGAGUACUCUGGCCAAGGUCUGCAGCUUCAUAUCGAUCAUCACGAGCGUCGGCAGCAUCAUAUUGGGGCUGUUGCUCGUGCGGCACCAUCGCGUCAGGCCGAGAGAGACGGCCCAGGAGGUUGUGGACUAUCUGCUGCGGCGGAAGCACCCUACCCUCGGUUUGGAGACGCUCGCAAUCCUGUACAGCCUGCCGUAUGCCUUACUCAUGUGGGCGAUGCUCACGUUCCUGCUGGCGUUCGCGUUCGAGUGUUUCAUUCAUCACGGCCUUUCCGCAUACGUGCUUGCAACGUUCUGGGUUGUCAUUGGCCUACUGAUCCUGUGGUGUAUCUACACACUCUGGGACUCGGAAGCAGGCGAGUCUGCUUGGAUGUCGCUGGGUCACACCGUAGAGCACCUUCUCUCCAGGGUACAGCAGCGACUGCUUUGCGCGCCGAAAUUGUCUUUCGGCAUGUUUUCAAGGAGACACCAUCCACACGUCGCCGAAGAUAUCACUCCACGGUCAGCACGCUUCGACAUCGAGCCGUGA